AUGGCCCCGCUCCGUUCCCCGCGCCGCCGGCCCGCCGGGCCCGUACGCCGCCCCCGCGGGCCCGUGCGUCCUCGCCCCGCGGCCCGAGCCGCGCCCCUCCGCCUCCUCCAGCGCGUCCGCGCGCCGCCGCCGUCCUCCGCCGGACCUCGCCGCCUCACCGCUUCCCCGUCGCCGGCCGCCGCACCGCCUCCGCCGCGCCCUCCCGCGGCCGCGUCGGACCCCGCGCCGCCGCGCCUCCACGCCGCGCCGACCCCGUGCCCCGUCUCCCUCCUCUCCAUCUCCGGUCGCCGGCCCCGCCACCCGCCUCCUCUCGAGCUCCAGCGAGCAGCAACUCUGGCCGUCUCCGAUCUCCGGCGGCCCGAACCCUAG